AUGGAGACAACUCAGAGAGAUACACGCACUAUAGGAGUGGACACCAAAAAUUUGAUAGCUCAAAGUCUUCUCCAACAAAGCUAUUCAGGUCAUCUACGACAUGGAGCUCUUAUAAAAGCUGCCCAACAGUUUGGAGUAUGCAAAAAGACAGUUCACAGAAUCUGGGCAAAAGCAAAAGAGCAGAUGGAGCGUGGAGUACCUGUAAAUGUGCGAGAUCGUGUUAGAGGAUACAACCACAAAGAUAAAAUGCAGCUUGAUGAUAACAAGGUAAGACAACUAUCUAUGCUUGAAAGAUCUACCAUACGUAAGAUGGCUCGCAAACUUGAAAUUAGCAAGAGUACAUUAGGAAGGAUGAAGAAGGAGGGUCUGAUCAGACCACACACAAGUGCAGUUAAGCCAAUACUUACUGAUUUGAACAAGUUAGCACGGCUCAGAUGGAGUCUCAGCCAGAUUCAACCAAUCAGAAUCGAUGGUAAGCUCAAAUACAACACAAUGCACAAUGUAGUGCAUAUUGAUGAGAAAUGGUUUUACAUGACUAAGAGUUCAGAUAGAUACUACCUGCUGCCAGAUGAGGAUGAGCCAUAUAGAUCAUGCAUAUUUCCUUUCACAACUAUGGAACCAGCAAAGAGGAAUUCAAAGAACAGAGCAAAAGGUACCAUGGAGACCAAGCCAAUCCAAUCAGUCAACAAGGCGAUCACGAGAGAUUGCAUAAUCCAAAAGAUUAUACCAGCUAUCAAGUCUAAAUGGCCACCGAACGUAUGCAAGGAGAUACUCAUUCAACAAGACAAUGCCAAGCCACAUAUCAGCCCCACUGAUUCAGAGUUUCAGGCAAUUGCAAACAAAGAUGGAUUCAAAUUCCAAAUCAUUUGCCAACCGCCUAAUGUCUUGGAUUUGGGUUUUUUCACAGCAAUCCAAUCUCUGCAGGAUGAUAAAAUUGCUAAAGGGGUGGAUGACUUGGUGAAUAAUGUGUACAGUUCCUUUGAAGAACUUAGCCCACACACCCUCAACAAUGUUUUCCUAUCUCUUCAAGGUUGCUUAUUAGAGAUAAUGAAAGUGCAUGGAGGGAAUGGAUACAAACUUCCACAUAUGAAGAAGGCUAGGUUAUCCAGGUUGGACUCGCUGCCAAUCACUUUAGAGGUCGAGGAAGAGCUUGUUAAGGAAGCUCUGGAAUACCUCCAACUUCCCGAAAACAACAUUGGUGAAGCUUAUGACAUUUCACGUAUCAGUGAAGCUCUAGGAUUCUAG